AGCGCGUGGGCCACUGACCUAAGCAAAAAAAUCUUUUAGAUUAGGUACUCGUAAAUUAAAUAUUUAAAAAGUUCCAAUAUGCUGAAACGUUUAGCUGUGUUCUUUUUGGCAUUAGCCGCAUUGACCCUAUCCCAGCCCGUCGACUACUACCACUUCCUGCACCUCCCGCACCACCCCCCGCUGCACCCCGCGUACCCCCGCCCCCCGCUCACCCCCUUCGCCUGCGGGGGGCGCGCGCGGGGGUACUAUGCUGAUGUCGAUGCGGGUUGUCAGGUGUUCCACUUCUGCUGGCGCCAACAGCUGGUCAGCACCGACCUGUGUGCUAAUGGGACCCUCUUCAAUGAACAGUUCCAGGUCUGUGAUCACUUUUACAACGUGCGCUGUGGAUCUCCUUUAGAAGAUUUGUAAAUAGAUAUAGGUACCGAAGCUUUCCUAAUGAAUAAUAUAUAAGGUGGAAUUUUAUGAGUGGUCGACCCAAAGGCAGCUGCUAGUGACAUGCA